AUGGCGAUGGAUACACUCGAGUUUCUUAGAGAUAAAAAUAUUCUCAUUGUUGGCGCCACGGGUUUCCUGGGCAAAGUUUUUGUGGAGAAAAUCCUGCGAGUGCAACCAGAUUUUAAGUGUAUUUAUACACUUAUAAGGUCUAGAAAUGAGGAAUCUGCUCGAGCCAAACUACAGAAUGAGGUGAUAUCCAGACCGUUGUUUGGGCUUCUGCGGGAGCGUUACAAGGGAGAAAGGUAUCAGGAAUUCAUGGCAAGGAAACUUGUUCCUGUUGUUGGAGACGUGGCACUCAAUGAUCUCGGAAUCAAGGAGAGCAUAAGGGACGAACUCUUUGUCAGGGUCGAAAUUCUUAUCAAUUCUGCUGCUACUACGAAUUUCCAUGAGAGGUACGGUAUUUCCAUGAAAGUGAAUGCAUUGAGGAGUAAGAAUAUCAUCGACUUCUCUUAUGUGAAUGUUGGUAGCAUGGGCAUGGUGAGAGAAGAAGUCGUAAGGAUGGGAGAAAUGGUUUCGUACAGCGGUGGAGAAAUAUCAAUCUCUCAGAUAGAGUCCGAGUGCAAUUUAAUAGAGCAGAUAAUGAAAGAGCUAAAGAAUGUUUUAGUGAAAAGAGUUUUAACUUACAAGUGCGAAUGUGAACAGGGCGGUGAACUUUGGAUGGCCAACGCUUAUGUUUUCACAAAAGCAGUUGGAGAGUUGAUGGUGGAUUACUUCAGGGAAGAUAUACCAACUGUUAUCAUUCGUCCAACAAUAAUCGAGAGUAGCUUAAAAGAGCCCGUUCCAGGAUGGAUGGAAGGCAACAGGUACAAAAGUUUGGCAAAACGUAAACAGCUAGAUGUUCUAGAUAGAAAUCGAUCGUUUAAUUUUUCUUUUCUUCUAUUCUUCUCUUUUCAUCUACGUAAUUAA